CGAUGCCACCUCUCUGACGAGAUCAUCAUGAAGGAGUGCUGACUGGCAUGACGGGUCACGGCAGAAGUCGCCUUGCUACAACUUCUACGAACGUCCUUGAGUCCACCCACGACGGCACCGAGGCCAAGAGAGCUCGUCUCGAACUGGGGGAAGUAGCUUCGCCGAUCGAUGGACGGCCUGCAUCACCAUGCUCGCCCGAAGAUAUCUCGCAGCUCGCUCUCGUCUUCUAUCGUAGAUCAAUCGAGGCUUCGCGAGCAAAGGACUUCACAAGGGCGCUGAGGCAUGCUAGGAAGUGCCUUCUCCUUUGUCCUGACAAGCCACUUUAUCUAGCCGGGGCCGCCCGCGGCUUCCACGACAGUGGCUACGGCGACAAAGCAGCGCAAGCCUUGCGAUCAGCUCGCGAGAUUCUUGAAGCAAUGAAGUCGCCUCCAGAGGAAGAAGUCCGAGCGAUAGACAGCGCCUGGCGAUUGAUCUUUCCCUUCGACGGAUUCCCAAACGAGCUCGUGUCGGAGAUCUUUGGCCAUCUAUACAACAGCUCAACGCCACUCGAAAAUCCGUUCAUCGCUGUCCAAAUUUGCUCCUCCUGGCGGAAACUGGCGCUGAGACAAAGCAGCUUGUGGCGUGAUACCACAAUUUUCCUGCCCCUCCCUGAGGUCAAUGUCGAGGCUCGGUAUGAGCAUCAUUAUUCAGCAUGCGAAGAGGGCAGGCUGUAUUUCCCAGCCGUAGUGCGGCUUUGUGGAGAAAGAUCGAUGCACUCUCUUCGGACGAUAAAAAUGCCCGCACAAGGUUGUUUGAGAGAGGUUGAGGAAACGGUCAAGCUCGCCUGGACUUCUAGAGCCACCCUCGUCAACUUUGAACUACACAGUAGCUUGUACACCGACUGUUGGUGCUGUGACAGAUCUCGUCCAGGCUUUAGCGACAUCAAAGGAUACACACAUGAGAUCACGACCCGACAGUUGGAGGUUGUUGCUGCAGCACCUCUCUUGGACAAGAUCUCCUUGCAGCUUUACGGCGAGGUAGACAAAGAGCUUCUGCAUACGCUGGGCCGCCAGAUACAAGGUCGAGCAAAGCUCCCAAGCAUCAUUCGUCUGGUGAUGACAGAUUCUCCCGCAUGGGAUGACUUCGGUAAAAUGCUAGAGCCACUACUAAGGGUUGCGACGACUUUGGCAAUCGAAGCCAAGGGUGUGAAGACGGCUGUCCGCGGGACGGUCACGUACUGGAAAGCGGCUGCUUGCUGUUCACAAACAGUGCAAAAGCUGGAGCUCCCUCUCUUGUUGCCGUCUGGAGAGUCGAGUAAUCUCCUGGAGGGUGCUCUGGACGCAAAUUCUCGAUUCCCGUUCUUGACUGAUCUCGUAUUGAAGAGUCACGAGCAGCCAAGAACUCUGAUACCGAUCCCGUCUCCUGCCAAACCUUUUCUUCUGCCCGCGCUUCGCACGCUCGAAACAGAUGCAAGAGCGCUGGCUACCUUCGAAACGCCGUUACUGAGGACAGCUCGACUGCGUGUACUCUUCCCAGAGGAUAUCCGGACUUUGACGAACAGCCUUCGAUGCUGGGAACACCUGGAGUGCUUGAUGAUCGACAUACAAGAGUUGUCUACGGAGGGCGUAGAUCUGAUUCGAACAGCUGUGGACGUCGUGUUCGGGCUACUGGCGUACCCCGGUUUUGGCAUACCAGUUUGUCCGAACCUUUCGCGAAUCGAAUUGGCUUGUCACGAGGUCCUGUAUCGUCGCAGUACUCCUGAUCCUUACGCACGGUCGUGGCAAAAUUACAGCAGGGAACAGUGGGAGGCACUCCCUCACCUCGGCUCGUCUAUAUUCAGACUGGAACAGGGGAGAAGAAAGAACUGCCAGGACUUCAAUGAUUCUCAGACUGCUCAGGCGAAAUACGCUCAAUCUUCAGGCGCAUUCCAACGUGGGUCUCAACGAUCACAAGAGCAAGCUCCGGCGCCAGAUCCAUCGAUCUAUUUUCCACAUGCCGUUCCAAUCGAUGAGAUCGUCCUUGAAGGCUGGUACGUGGACCCCGAUCUAUGGUCUGCAGUCAAAGCUACCGCAACAUGCAAGAUAACAUGUCUACCGGACCCGUCAGUGAUGGAGAAGAAGCUCUAUUCUGCGCCGAGGAAGCCUGCUAAGGGAGAGAAGAGGAUCUAUGCCUGGUAGGUGUAGAGCCCGUCGUGGGAUGUCCUGCCAAUUUGUUUUCGUCACUCAAGCCGUCAUAAAGCCAAUUGUCCAUAUGUUACAUUGUUACAACAGAAAAUCUCACAUCGCUGUCUCACCGUCUCUU